AUGGCGUUCAAGCUGUCGCUCGCGUCCCUGGUGGACCAGAGCGACGUCUCCACUCACUUUGCCUCGAGCUUCUCGGACGCCGCCGCCGAAGCCCUGGGGCCCUCGGACGGCCUGCCCCGCAUCCUGCCCCAGGUCUUUCUCGUCAACCCGUCCACCGACAACAUCUUUCGCCACAUUGACACCCAGAAUGCGCACGCCGCCAUCAUCGGGCUCAUCUACUUUUCGAUGUGGAUGGGCGCCCUGGGUUGGGACAUUGUCUCGACCGCCCCGUUUGACAUACGCGUCAUCCGCGAGACGACCUGGUCGAGCAUCUUUUCGAGCGUCUACUCGGUCGCCUACCUCCUGUCGCGCUACGUCAGCCUGGCCUGGAUCGUGACCGCCGUCACCAACAGCAUCAUCAUGACGUCCUCGUGCGACCCGUGGAUGAAGGCCAGCACCGCCCUCUUCAGCAUCGCAAUCAGCGCCACCAUGCUCGUCUUUUGCCUCCGCACCUGCUCCAUCUGGCAGAUGCGCUCCAAGGUCGUCAUCCCCGUCAUGACGGCCUGGGCGCUGGUGGCGGCCUUUGCCGUCCUGCUGCCGGCCAUGAGCGACGGCACCCACGUCGAGAGCUCCAACUUCUGCGCCUGGCACUUCAACGGCCUCUACGUCGUCGGCGUCUUUGCCAGCCUCCUCCUCUUUGACGUCCUCUGCCUCGUCCUCACCGUCCUCAAGCUCAACAAGGCCGGCUGGCGCGGCAUCGCCCGCGGCAUCUUUCCCAGUUCCCGCCACAACUACGACGCCGAGGACGUCAAGACGAUGCUCGUCCAGAAGACGACGGCCUUUUUCGUCAUCCAGUUCGUCUUUCUCAUCUCGGCCCUCCUGCUCUACGUCCUCACCGACAGGUACGCCUACCGCCUCAUGAACAUUGUCGCCAGCGUCGCCGUGGCCAGCUCCAUGGCCGGCCGCAUCUUCCGCAAGGCCUGGCGCCAGACCCGCGAGCUGGCACCCGAGCGCAUCAACCGGCCCCCGUCGUACUAUCCGGCUUGGGCCGACGAGCACCUCGACCGCAGGGAUGCCAGCGACCCGGCCGUCCUGUCCAUGCCCUAUCCGGGAUACCCGGGAGGGAGCCGGCCGGGGACGAGCGGCAACUUUAGCUCGUCCGGCGGCGCGCACGGCGGGCCGGGUGCCUUCAAGCGGCCGUCAGGCAGGCGUCGCCCGGACUCGCUAGACUUCUACGUUGAGGGCGAGCUCGGUGCCAAGUCGCAUUCAGCAUCGGCCGUUUCGCUCCGCUCGUGCGGGCAAGACAGGUCGGGCCAGCUGCCUUCUUCGGCUGCGCAGACUGCCGCGCAGACCUAUGCUGCCCAGCAGCUGCAGGCGCUCUACGCGAUGGACUCAGUCGUGGUUGAGGGCACGGGCGGCAAUCCGCGCCGAGGGCCCACCUAUGGAUCCCACCUUAUCGGCGACGAUGCAGGACUGCCAAGCGACGAUGCCGACAGGAUCGAGGUGCAGGACGGCGGGAGGCCGCCUCGCGGACAAGGUCUGGACGCCGCGCAUCGUGAUGGCGCGGUCUCGACCCGGACCCUUGAACGAUCGUCGGAAGAACAGAGGGCAAUCACCCAAGCGCUGAACCCGGCGCUGCGGGAGGACCUCAAUCCUGCACCGGCCUACAGCCGCCACCUGCUCGGGACUGGCCACCACAGGCGUGCCUCUGACGACUCUUCGGGAGGCGAACAGGUCCCCUUCGCCGGCCAGUGGGAUACUCGCGGCGCUCGGCGCCUGGGCACGGCUGACAGCAGCGCCAGCUCCUCGGCUGCAGGGGCAGGCGCGGUAUUUGCCUAUUCCUCCUUCGGUCGCGCCUCGACGGCAAGCGCGGCAGGCCUGGCGGCCGAAGACAUUGCAUCGGGCGCCUCGCUCUUGAUCAACGACGGUAGAUGGAAGCGGCGGCCAUCGGCGAUUAGCACCGUCUCGGCUGAAAGAUCUGGUGCACCAGAGAUGGAGGAGAGGCGCCGACUCUACGUGGCCUCUCCGCCAAUGUCGGCCGGCGCGCGCCUUUCGAGCAGGGAAGAGAGCAGGAGGGUCUACGACGUCGAGUCGGUCAAGGCUGCGGCCCGGAUGGAGCCGCUUCCGGCAUCCACGAUGCUUUCUCGACAGAACACCGUUCGACCCUCGACGACGUCGACGGUCGAACAGCGGCGCGGCGCACUCGGCGGCCAGCUGGACGGCUCGCCAUCCAUGGCCACGGGCUCCUCGCCGAGGAUGGGCCUGGCGAGCGGGGCGCCUCAUUCGCCGAACGGCGGCCCUGGUGCAACAGCCGUGUGGGGCGGCGCCGUCGCAACUGGCAUCCACCGCAGUCCAAGCCACGAUUCGGGAUCGGGAUCGACGGGCCACGACCAGCUGACGCCGCGCCCGAAGACGGCGCCGGCGUGGCCCUCUCCCCACCUGUCACCGUCGGCUUCGACGGCGUCGCACGCGACGCUGGUCCCCGUCGCUGGCCUCGACCGCACGCUGUCGGCUGACAGCGGCGACGGCGUGACCAUCGGCCGCUGCUCGGAUCCGACCGACGAGGCCGACGCCCUGUUUGCAGCAGCCGCGAUGGAGGCGAGCUGCGGCCGCGCACGUCUCGAGGCGCCGGUUUGA